AUGGUAAGAGAGUUUAUCUCGACAAGCGGGAUCUCCGAAGUUGUGCUGACAGUUGAGGAUGUCAACACAUUGAUAGACUGUCUGGUAUAUGACGGGAAGAUAGAAAGGAUAGAGGUGGGGGGAGACGUAGCAUUGAGGGCAUUGAAGGACGAAUACAUGAAAUUUUGA